GUCACCGACGUUCAUCAACAAGCAGCCAUGAGCCUCUUCAAGAAACGUGCAAAGGCCCCCACUGUCCGCGUUCGCGAGAUCUCUUCUGAGAUACAGGACGAGGUGCCUCAGGAGAACGGGGCGGAGGAGCAGCAGGAGGGAGACGAGAAGCUUUCAUUGGCAGACCUCAUUGAGCUGCGCAAGUUGCGCAAGCACCAGGAGGGCAUAGAUGCGCAGAAGCUAUCGAGAGGGGACAGGAAAAAGCGCAAACGUACGGCCCCGGAGGAGCAGGGCGGUCUGCGCAAGGGCGCAGUCAUUGAUCCCCUCGAGGAUGAGGAAACAGAAGAGGGCAAGACGGCGAAGGCGCGCCGCGUCGUGCGCAAUAACAACUUCACGCAGCAGACGAACGCGCUCGAUGUCGACAAGCACAUGAUUGCGUACAUCGAGCAGAACCUGAAGGUCCGCAGCCGGCCGCUCGACGACGAGGACGAGAAGAAGCAGGAGCCACUGGACCCGCAGGAGGCGCUGUACCACCUCUCCGACAAGUGGAAUCUGAACAAGCAGACGCACCCAGAAGACGGCAGCGUUACCAAUAGCAUGACCAUGCUUACCGCCAUCCCCGAGGUCGAUCUCGGCAUGGACGCCCGCCUGAAGAACAUCGAGGAGACCGAGAAGGCGAAGCGGCUGAUUGCGGAGGAAAAGCAGGGCCGGAAGCUGACGGACGAGGAAGCGCAUCUUGUGGCCACGCGCUUCUAUAGACCGCACCUUAAGACCAAGUCCGACGCGGACAUCAUGCGUGACGCGAAGCUGGCGGCCAUGGGCAUGCAGCCCAAAGACCAGAGCCAGCGAUGGUCGAAUCACGACCGGCCGCAGAUGGCUACGGACGAGAUUGUCAUGGAGCGCUUUAAGAAGCGCAUGCGCAAGUAGCGUCCUCAUACACGG